AGUGGGCGUGGCAAAGGGUUAGUCCAAGACAACCAGGAGUGGUCGGAACCCUUUUCCCCAUCCUUCCCUUCCCCUUCCCCUGCCGGGAAAGGCUGAGACCCGGCACCCAGGCUACCCCGCGGCCGCCGUGGCCUCAGCUCCAGUCUGGCCCCGCGUCCGGAGAACCCAGGCUGCGUCCAGAGCGAUUACUCCUGAUUGUGACAUCAUACCCACCCCUUGGCCAUGAAACUUGUCACUAGGAAGAAAGGCUCAGUUGGAGAAUAGCCAACAAGAUGGGAUCCUUGGAGCAUUUCCUGAGUGGCCCAGAGCGGAGGCAUCAGGGGGUUGGAACCUUGUGAACAGGGAGCCUACCCCCACCACCUGGAAGGACCUGGGUUUCAGUGAUGAGACAUGGGGUAUGACGUAACACGUUUCCAGGGGGACGUUGACGAGGACCUUAUCUGCCCUAUUUGCAGCGGAGUCUUGGAGGAGCCAGUACAGGCACCUCACUGUGAGCAUGCUUUCUGCAACGCCUGCAUCACCCAAUGGUUCUCUCAGCAGCAGACGUGCCCGGUAGACCGCAGCGUUGUCACGGUCGCCCACCUGCGCCCCGUACCCCGGAUCAUGCGGAACAUGCUGUCAAAGCUGCAGAUCGCCUGUGACAACGCUGUGUUUGGCUGCAGUGCUGUUGUCCGGCUUGACAACCUCAUGUCCCACCUCAGUGACUGUGAGCACAACCCGAAGCGGCCCGUGACCUGUGAACAGGGCUGUGGCCUGGAGAUGCCCAAAGAUGAGCUGCCAAAUCACAAUUGCAUUAAGCACCUGCGCUCCGUGGUGCAGCAGCAGCAGACGCGAAUCGCAGAACUGGAGAAGACAUCGGCUGAGCACAAGCACCAGCUGGCGGAACAGAAGCGAGACAUCCAGCUGCUGAAGGCUUACAUGCGUGCGAUCCGCAGCGUCAACCCCAACCUUCAGAACCUGGAGGAGACAAUCGAGUACAACGAGAUUCUCGAGUGGGUGAACUCCCUCCAGCCUGCUAGAGUGACCCGCUGGGGAGGGAUGAUCUCCACGCCUGAUGCCGUGCUCCAGGCUGUAAUCAAGCGCUCGCUGGUGGAAAGUGGCUGCCCGGCCUCUAUUGUCAACGAGCUGAUUGAAAAUGCCCAUGAACGGAGCUGGCCCCAGGGUUUGGCCACACUAGAGACGAGACAGAUGAACCGGCGCUACUAUGAGAACUACGUGGCCAAGCGUAUCCCUGGCAAGCAGGCCGUCGUGGUGAUGGCCUGCGAGAACCAGCACAUGGGCGACGACAUGGUGCAGGAGCCGGGGCUCGUCAUGAUAUUUGCGCACGGUGUGGAGGAGAUCUGAGAGAGCGUGACUGGCUGCCAGGAGAGGUAGAAUUGGAGAGCCCACUGCUCCAGCCACUGAGCCCUGAGUUCUCCCUGUCCUUAUGUCAUGGCUUGUAAUUGAGCCACACACUCCCUGCUUUUCUGGCACGAAGGACCUUGGGGCACUUGGGUCGGCCUUUCAGUGGGUGAGCCCAAAUUCCUGCCUGUUGCCAUAUUCAUUCCCCCAAAUGUCUGUAAAGUUUCGGUCUGGGUGGAGAAAUCCCCAUUUCUGUAUUCUCCUGCCUAAGGUCCCCGGCUCCCAAACAUUUUCAGAAAGCACAAAGACAUUUGUUUUCCCUAGAGGAUCAGGGCAGAGUAAGGAAUCUCUAACUGUCCCUCUCCUCUGAAACCAGGGCAUCCGAGCAGGCGGGCUCAGCCUCUUAGUAAGCAACGAGGUCAGGACCUGCUCACCACGGACGGCUCUUGGGAAGACUGGAGGUCUGUGCCGAGUGCACCCCUGUGCAGCCCCCUGGCCAUGCAGGCUAGGACGCUGAGAUGCCCAUUGAACUCCUUUCCCACCCAUUUCCAUAAUUAGGGAAGGGCAGGGCUGGGGUGGAGGUUAGACGUUGGGGUUCAUACACUCAGCAGGAAAGCAGGAAGCUGCUGUCUGGCUCUGCUGACUAGGAUAGGCACUGCCUCUCAUGGCAUGUCCAUGGUACCUCCAUAGGCCCCUCCCCAGCCCUGUGAUUGUAGUGAGUUUGAUUUCCUUCAACACUGUUUAUAUUCGCAGUCACAAGUCCCUUCUGUUACCCACUUUUGUUUUCAUAGAAUAGCCUGAUUAUGGCUCUCCUGUUCUCCAGCCCAGCCACAUUGUUGGCAAUUUAAUUUAUUUACUUUUUUUUUUUUUAA